CUUUCUUCAACUCUUUUUUCCUUUUUUUUUGAUGUCGAAAUUCUGGGUAACGUUUGUUCAUUCAACUGCUACAGCUCAUGCAAAAUGUGAGCUGGAUGCUGUUGAAGAUAACUUUUCUUCACAUCUGGACUGGUUGUCCGACUUGGAAAAUUUGGAACAUCGACAUAGUAUAUACACCACUAGCAACACUACAGCAUCCGCAACUCCCGCUAGCAUGUUUGAAGACCAGCUGUUCCUGAAAAUGGCCACUACAGCCAGUUGGGACCAAAAAGUCCCCCAUUCUAGCCUUGAAGAAGACCAAACAAACAACGAGCAGGAUGCUACGAUUAUGGAGAACAUUCAAGUCUCCUGUAAAGAAACGUCAAAGACUACAAGUGCCAAAGCCUUAUCUAGUGGCGACAUUAUCGAAGACCCUAGCCGGCUGGCUGACUUCAUCAAAGAUUUCUUUCCUGACUAUCAACUUGAGGAUAUCAUGAGCUCACCGAUGAAAUCGCAACAAAAUGAUACAGGCUUACCGUCACCGCCUUUAAGUAAACCACCAUCGCCUAUUCCACCGGCUACUGGGUCGAUCACUCCUACAGAAGAAAGCCCGUGCGACACAAAACAUACUCAAAAUCUUCAACCUAGCGACGAUCCUUUCCGAGAAUAUUUUGAAGAAAAGCUGUCAGCAUCCAACUGGUCUGUUGCUAAAGGUGCACGGCCACCACCACCAACUUAUAGCAAAGCUCUCCCCGCAAAGCACAAAUUAUUGCAGCAAGCCGAUGUUGAAAACGUCGAAGCCAAAAAAAUCACGCUUUUCACCAACAGCUCAGACAUGAAACAAGUCUCCAAAACUUCCCAAUCCAAGAAGAUAGAUGGGUCCAAAUUGCCAAAGAAACACACAGUGGAUCAUGUGCACGAAUCGAUGAAAUCGUCUCUUCCACAUGCCCGUUUGACCACCCUGGCAAAAUAUGAAAUCGAUGUUUCGGCUGUACCCCUUAAGAGCCGAUUUCUCCAGAUGGCAGAGAAAGCGGAUGCCAAGCAAGGAAAGCCAUCCCUCUCCAAAGGGUUACCUCCAUCGGAGAAACGCACCUCCCAAGCCUUGUCUAUGGAGCGCAUUAAUCGAUUAGCCCAACCUAAACGGACAUUUGAUAAACCUGCCGAUGGUUCAAAGUCUGUCAACUCAAGCAGCAGAACAGCAUUGAGAACGUCUACCAAAACAACGGCUUCUCAGAAGAGCCAAGGCGCCAAACAUUUGGGAGUUAGUCAGAUUCGGCAGAAACGCUCUCAGCCAAUGUCUCUGACCGCUGCGGCCAUCGCUCUCAAUAGUGCCCCGGUAGUUCACCGUAAAACAACAAGAAGUUCGGCUGAUUCCGGUUCUGUCACACAAGAAGCCGCAUCUUCCAACGAACCCGAAUGGGCUCGCUCGUCCAAUUUGGAAACAGCCUUAGAAGAACAGAGCAAAGUAGACCCAGAUGAGAUAUUUGGAAAAUUCACCACAAUUGACUUGGAUGAUGUUUUUCGCUCCAAACCAUCGAAGUUACCCAGUCCUUCUCGUCCCUUCAGGAUUCGAGUCAACUCUUGCAUGACUCGAGUCACGCAUCAAGAAGAAGCAGCAUAUCGCGUCGCAAUGGGAUAUGCUGUUUGUUAGAAACCAGAAAGCUGAAUCUUUUUAUAUUUA